UUUGUGGCUUUGGGUAGUGGCACUUGGAUCUAUGGUACCCUUUGCCAAAGGAAGAGGGACCACAGCAACAAGCCCUCGGCUGAGGUGGAGCCUGGGGACAAAGAGAAAUCGGGUUUUUCUCGGAGCCUGGGUUGUGAACGGCAGGAGUCGCGGCAGCAGAAGGCAAGCACAAGGGCCCCGCUACCUGACUGUGCCACAGCAGCGCCCAGAGGCCCUGGGCCUGCGCUUCGGUGCCGUGGCUGAGGCCUGUGGCAGGAGGGGAAGAGCCCACCUGGCGGUGGCAGAUCUGGCGUUGUGGGAACGCCAGCGCUGCCCACAUGAGGCUGUGCUGGCCACAGCUGGCUGUGGCUUGUCCUCCUGUGUCCAGGCCUUCAGGUCUGCUUCCCCAGGACAUUGGUGUCUGUGUUUUCUAUCCCUUUCCCUCCCUCCCUUAUUUUUGGUUCUGCCUCACACUUUUGCUGUUGUUGAGCGAGGCGGCUCCUGGGCAGAGCCCCUUCUGCCCCCACCCAGCCUCUGCUGCAGUGCCCUGUUCCCACAGCUGGUCAGGCAGGUCCUGCCUUCCCCUGCCCUCAGCACUCCGGGGAUGGCAACACCCCCUGCCAGCAUGGCCAGGCUCCUCGGGGGGGCCAUGGCAGCUCUAGUGCCAGCUGAGGAGGGGUGGCCCUCUGGGGGGGUGUUGGGGGAUGGCGCGUGGCUCUGCUGCCCUGGUGCUCUCCUAGGGACCAGCUCUGUGGCCCUGGCAGUGUCUGCAGGUCACAGUGUUGCUCCAGGCCCAGCCCCCAGAGGAAACCCCCUGAACUGUGAACAGACCAAGUCCGAGGGUGGCCUCGGUGCAGCCGGGCCUGGCACCAGGGUGGACGCUGGAUGUGGAAGCGCUUGGUGCCCUUGGCAAAGCGCUCCAGGGUGGGGAGAGGGGGGUGGUAGCUGUAAUGCCCAGGGUGGGCUGUGGACUGCAGGGGCAGGUGGCAGCAGUGCUGGGAGCCCAAAGCUGCUGCUCGCUGGCUGCUAACCCACCA